GGGUCGCGCGUUGGAAGCUUCUGCGGGAAACGGAGAAUCUGCGAGUGUCAGUGCAAUUCGCGACGCGAUGCCCUUCGCUCCCCCGGUCCGUGCUUAAGGGGUGGAUCGAGGGCGCGGAGUGCGAGUGGCGAGAGAGAGUGAGAGGAGAUUCGCUCGCUCGCUCGCUCGCUCGCUCACUCGCCCACUCGCCGACUUCUCCCGCGGUGACGUCCGGGGCCGACGGGCCGGACCGACUCUGUGCGCGACAAUCUUGCGAGGGAAUCAGAGAGCCUCGAAUUCGCGUCGAGCCCUGACUCCGAGGGCACGCGCGUCGUCAUCGUCGUCGUCGUCGUCGUCGCCGCCGUCGUCCACGAGGAAGCGAGUGUUGUUGGGCGUGAGUGACAAUCUCGUGGAUAGGAUCGAGCGCGCGUUGUCUCGGCUCCCUCGUGUUGUCGGCCGGUAGCCCUCGCGCUUCGCAAGGAGGACGCAGAGCGACAGCGGGGUUAUCAAUUAUUCGCGAUAAUCGUGCGGAUCGGCGCGAUCCGCGCGGGUAUGUACGCGGCCUCUCUCUCUCUCUCUCUCAUCGAUACGCCCCGGAGGGUUCCCACCGCGAGAUUGAAAAUUAUGCAAACAUCAUUUCCGGCGCCGUGCUCGGUCGCGAACCGCGCCGUGUAGGAACGCCGGCGUGGCGUCCGGAGCGUCCGCGCGCGAGUCUCUCUCUCUCUCUCUAUUUUUUUCUCGAUCCCUUUCUCUCUCUCUCGUUCGCCAUUAUCGGAAAACAGCGGCGAGGUGCUCGAAGUAAAUUUAAGAUACGAGACGCGUCCCUUCGCCUUCCUGUCGCACCCGCUAACCCUUCACACCGCGCAGCCCCUUGUCCUCUCCUCGCCGUGUCUCGCUUGUCCCGUUCGUUUCCCGUCCGGUAACUUCCCUCGCGCAACUUGCCGCUUAAAUUGCGUUAGAAACUCGAUUUGCGACGUGCGAUAAUAAUGAUUGAAAAGUUUGGCGGCAAUUAUCGAUUAAAUUUGAAGCGCGGCGAUUCCUCUUUUUCUCCUUUUCUCUCUCUCUCUCUCUGUCGAGAACUUUUUCUCGGCCGAUCUUUAUCACGCGUCCUUCCUCUUGCUCGACUUCUCAACCAGUUCUCAACCGGAGAACGUCCUCGUGAAAACUCGUGCCGCAGUUGAUCGCGAAACGAGACAAUUCCGACGUCGGCGGUGAUCGUCGCGAAAGUGUCGCUCUAAAUAACUUGCGGCUGCGUUCCGAAUCGUUGGUACAAUAACGCGCCCAUCGCUCUUUCGCGAUGCGCGUCGAAGUUUCGUUGGAGGUUCUGCCUUCGCAGCGCGUUACUUCGCAGCCGAAGUUCCGACGGGAAUUACCAGCCAAAUUGCGUUCCCGGGGCUCGAUUCCGCGGGGACGAUAAUAAUGAUCGGAAGCUCUUACGGCAAUUAUAAACGCGGAAACUUAGCGUGGGUGAAAGUUCGCCGGCAGUUCGCGUCCCGCCACCGGCAUUCCGAUCUUAGUAACGUUGCAGCGCGUGAACGGGGAGGGACAAUUAGAUAUGUUCGCGUACCCCGCCUCGGGAUCACCGUUUGUUCACGAAUCGAUCCUUAAUCGAGUGUCGGAGUGGUCGGCCGGCGUGCGCAGCAUAAGGAACGAGAAAAUCUCAUGAGGGAUCUCCGCUUUCAUCAGGGCGCGCUCACACAGUCGCGUUGAAAAAGGCGCGCUGGCUUGCCGGAAGAAUCCAUCGCAGUUUUCUCUCUUCCUCCCUCUUUCUCUCUCCGCGAGGAAAUUCGCGCAAACUAAUUUCGCGAUGGUAAACACCGUAACGAGAAAUUAAUGUUAAAUAAAGGGCGAAGAAUCCAAUCGGGGCAGUCUAAUGAGGGGAUUGUAAAACCGAUAUUUCACGAGCGACUGCGACACAUGUGUGACGCGCAGUUAAUCCCGAUAUAAUUAUGCGAGGCCGCGCGAUUGAGCGAGAGAACGUGCUGCUCGCGAUCGAAAGCGAGCUUUAUGGUGAGCGAUUUUGAGAGAAGCAAAGGAUCAUCGCGACGAAAGCGCACAAUGGAUCGUGACGGACAGAUAUUAAUCGAUAAAAUAUUAACGCAGAACCCAGUGCAAACGUAUAUAUAUGCGUGUGUAUACACAUAUAAUGAGUACGUGAUUAAUUAAUCUACGAGGCGAGCGAAGGGGACCAAGGCAGACUCCUCAGACCGGGCGCGGGCGAUUGGACCGGGAUUUCACGACGGGAUCCCGUGUCCGCGGAAAAAGGCUUUUUGAUCUGGGCAAAGCCACUGGAGGAUUUAACGAAAGACGGAUGAAAGUCUACGCGAGAGUCGUCAGGGAGCGAAAGGGAGAGAGCUAGCGGUGUGCCGAGGAUGGAGAGGAAGACGGAAAAUAGUGGAAAUGGUCCGGCACAUGUUACGGGUGUAAAAAAGUUACGGCGGGGUGAGGAACGGAGGAGAAGAGGGGAGCAGGAGCACCGUUACUCUCGCGAUCGCCGUCGGUAGAAGCGAUGAUUGUGUCUUCAUGUUAUACCCGGAGGAGCGUAGUAAUACGUUUCAAGGAGGAGCAACUUGAAGUAUAGGAUGCAUAAAUCAGGAUUCGCGCGCGCAGAAAUGAAGAUUCUGUCUCCGGCAGGAGGAAUAACGGCGACGUGAUAACCGAAAAUUUUACGUGACGUAAAGCUCGCAGCCGAUGACACGGAAAGAGAGAGAAAGAAAGAAAGAAGAGAGAAAAGAGAGAGAGAGAGAGCCCAGCGUCUGAUAAACAACGAUGUCGUCGCCUUUCCUCCUUUCUCUCUCUCCCUCUGUCCCUCUCUUUGUUUCCCUUGGUUACAUGAAAUCUCCAUAUUUGCCGCGAACGGCAAUGCAAACACGCGUGAUUUAACUCGUGCGUCGAGCACCAAUUAAAAACGGAGACGCGUGAUCGCGCUUAAUUAAUUAAUCCCGCUGCUUCGCGAAUCAAUUGUACCGCAUCGGCGCACUCGACCGUGACCUAAAGCUCACAAGGGAUUAAUCAACCGUGAAUUUAAAAGAAAGAAACAGCGCGCACUCUUUCCGAUACAUCCAAUUUUUCGUUCCGUCAUUAACACGUACUGAUAUUACCUGUCGGAUCUCCGAAGCUGAUCUACCGCCGCUCUAUGAUUGUCCGCUCCUCGAAAAUCCCGUUUGCACAGCCGAUCCGGUCACGCGCGCAAGAUGAAAAAUCGCUUCAGCGAAAUGCCCUCUUGUCGAGUCGCGUGCGAAUGUUGUGCGUGCGCGACGUCAUAUCCUACUAAUUUCCUUCGAGCCAUCCGCUCCGGCGAUUCCGUAUCGCGACGUUAUAAAAAUACCGGCUAUUAGACGCGCGACGGGAUAUAAAGUGACGCUGGAAUAUCGACAGUUUCGCUCGAUUGGGUAGAUAUUCAGUGACUGUGACAUAUUGUCGCGCGCGCUCUCGGUCCGGAGGAUCGGAAGCGGGAAAACAGGAAGAAAAAGGGAGAGAACAAGGGACGAGUUGAACGAGGGAGAGAGGGAGAAAGAGAGAGGGAGGACAGAGAGGGAGAAAGAGAGAGAGAGUAAGAGGCGUAACAAACAAAAACCGACUAGAGUAGUAGCGAGAUAUGUCGGGGAAGAUGAUAUCGAGACGGAGAACUGAUUGAAAGGAGAGAAAAUGGUGACUAUCGAGGCCGCUAGUGAAAUGAGUGCGGUACGCCGGGCUGUGUGGUUCAGUGCCGUGCUAUUCGCUGCGACACCCUUGGUCUACACUCAAGUCACGUGGACGCCGAUCUACGUGGGCGGAUACAGUCAGGUCGACCUCUGGACGCAGAGCACCACCGGCUGCGCGUGCAGCUUCAACUCGUCCAGCAACGAUUGCGCUUGCUGCGUGCCGUCGGGUGGCUGCAGCUGCGGCGCAGCCUCGCCCGAUAGAUGCGCUCAGUGCGGCCUGGAGCAGCAUUGCGCGAAUAUGUGCAACAUAACGCUGGACAGCAGGCAACUGUUCAGCAAAUCGGAUCGCGGCUUCGGGCAAAUAAAGUCGCCGUACCUCCAAGGGCCCUCGAGGUGUACAUACAGAUUCGUGCCGGAUACCGGGCAGCGGGUCGAGCUGCAGAUAUAUCGACUGGUGUCCAUCGGUCGGCACAACGGCUCCGCGUGCGAGGGCGGCUGGUUGCAGCUCGAGGGCAGCGCUCGCGUUUGCGGUCGUAACCAACGCUUCGACCGGCCGGUCGUGCUCUUCUCGGACAAGCCGGUUGCUACUCUACAUAUGCAAAUAAACGAGAACACAACGCGGUCCCAGUUCCUGGCCUACUUCAGCUUCUCGUCCAAAGCGAGUACGUCCGUCGGCUGGCCGGUGAGAGGCGGACAUCCGGUUAACAACACAGAAUGCGACUCCGUGUACGAGGACAUAGACUGCCACGACGGAUGCGUCCUAGCUAGCCCCGGAUAUCCCGGCCUGUAUCCGCCGAACAUCCGUUGCCGCUAUCUGAUCACGUCUGGCCUGCGGAUCUCCAUCGCCAUCAACUUCACGGCGGUGCUUCUUCCUUACAACCACUGCACCAGCGACUACAUCGCCGUGUAUUCCGGCCCGACGACGUCAAGCCCGUUGCUGAAGAUGCUCUGCGGCAAGGAGAAGACAUCGCUAAUAUACGACGGCCAAGAGCUGCUCGUCGAGUUCAGGACCGGCCCGGAGGUACCGCCUUUUGAUUAUAAUGGCUUCGUCGCGACGUUGACUUUUAUAGAAAUGACGACGGAGGCACCCACGACGGUCACCGUCGACACUACGAAUAAAAGUCUCGAAAUGAUGAAGUCCGCCGGCAGCUACAACGUGCGGUACAACAAUCGCGACCUCCACGAGCACCGCAAAGACCAAGGCGCCGUGACCAACAGCUGCGACCUCGAGGUGAGCGGUGAGAAGGUCCGCGCGGGCCACCACGACACUCGGGGCAAGCCCAAGUCCACGACGUGCAGGCUCGUGCUGCGUGGUCGCGCUUACGACACCGGACACGUUUCCUUGGCCAGCUACAACCUCAGCGCGCAGUCCUGCCAGUCGGCGAUCGAGAUAUUCGACGGCUCGCCGGAAAGCGGGAUGCUCGAUACCGCCACCACCUUGGAGAGGAUCUGCAGCCCUGCGCAGUGGCUCCCGCGGGAAUACGCGGGUCAAGAUAAGUACGCCGAGCCGAAGCGCUACUCGUCCAACGGCCGGGACAUGACGGUGGUUUUAAGACGCGCCUCCAACAGUCCCACCGACGAGGAAUAUAUGGAGGUCUCGUACUACUUCCACGACGAACGCGAGGGUGGCACUCAGCAACCGGCCAGUGUGUGCGACGUCGAAUAUUACGGACUUACGUCACCGGUGGAGGGUUCGGUAGUGCAUCCGGAACCGCACCGAUUAUUCGCCAUGGAAGGUCCGGUGAAGUGCAGGCAGCACUUUAUACCGGCGCCCAACCAGUCGGUGGUCAUUACAGUGAAAGGUAGCACAAAACAAAUCCCGAACAAUCCAUGCGAAACCAAAUGUGGGGAUAGCGGUUGCCACUGCGUCAGCAAGUCCCUCGAGAAUAUGGACCACCUUUUGCUCGUCUCCGAGACCGGUCACAUUGUCACCUGCCUCUGCGGAAAUUACCAGGACUGGCUUCCGGUGGGCAUCCGUAGCUGGACUCCCGUCUACAUCGAGUGGUCGAGAUCGUCGAGAGCGGGCCUCAAUUUCCACGCGGCCUACAAGUUUGUCAAUGACACUUACUGCGGCGAUCACACAACGGCGGAACCGGAAGGCGAGGUCAAUGGCGGUGAUCUGGCGAGCGCAGGGCUGAAGCUGAAUCAGUAUUACCAGCAGAAGUGCACCUGGAUCCUAGACUCGCCGAUCGACAGGCAGCUCGUCAUCGAAGUCAAGUCCACUCAGAGCCGACCUUGCACAGCGUGGAACCUCACAAUACACGAGUAUCGGAAGGACGGCGACCCGGCUGGUCCCAGAUUGCACACGUUCUGCUCGAGGGACACGCACAAGAAUUUCACCCUGCCGUGGAAGAUGAAUACCGCGGUGGUUAGGCUGCAAGCCCUCGGGAGGACAGCUCCGCAGUACAUCAUGAGAUGGAGUAGUCACACGGUGACAGCCAACACUCGCAAAAGCGGACCGUCGCCUGCGCCGAACCACGUGUUGGGCGCCUCGGGUAGAGGCGAGCCACGAGGAAGAAUCCUCUUAAUGGCGUUCGCGAUUCUGCUCGCAUGCUCAUACGGUUGUUGAGAGCUCGCGAUGAAGACGCAUCUGCACACAUGCAAAAAACACACACAUACACAAGCGCAUACGUUCCUGUUAAUCGAACGAGCCUAAGUUAAUAACCCCGUGUACAUAAACGAUGAGGACUCGGAGUUGGUCCUCGUUUUACGUCGCUCGAUGUAAGAUGCUUUACUAAGCAGCACCGGUACCGAUCGACAGCCGAGGUGUCACCGGCUGGGUUCGUUAACCACGCGCUACAUAAUCUGCCAGGGAAAAAUAUUUUAUGCGUGCGACGCAUCCACGCACACAGACAUAUACAUACAUACAUAUACACAUGCGAGAGACGAUAUCGAAGACAAAUUUUAACUGAUACACGCGCUAUAUUUUUCACUCUAUACACGACUUGAUCUUCCUCGCGGCUGAUGUGACGGAGGGUUAACGAGCCAGAGAUUGCCGCUCCUCAAUCACAUCACAGGCAGCACGAACUCUUGAAAGACGUCUUCCCAAAACAGACACGAAGGCCGUUAUUCUGAAAAAUCUUCUUUAUCGAUAAAAGUACCUCUAGAUGUAACUAUAAGGCUUACAAGAAACACUUAAAGACACUUUUACCGAUAAAAGAGAAUUCAGAAUAAGAUCUUAAGUUACAAUAACGUUAUAUCAAUGUUACAAUUUGCAACAAUGCAACUGUUAUAUACAACAGGCGUUUAUUGCACUUACAUUGUUGAAUGGGAAGUUGGAACAUUCAUGCAAUGUGUUCUGCAAUUGGUGUCUACUGAGCCUAAAAAAAGAAGUUCUUUAAAAGUUUCGGCUGUCUGAGUAUAUUACACACUGGCACACACGCGUUCGUCAUACGCACGUCGGAAUUUAAAGAGUGACGAUCACAGCACGUCUGAGUAAGCGCAAUUAUCUUGCACAUCUUCGUCAACUGAAUUAAUUUGCGUUUUUCACCACGUUCCAUACGAGAAUACACGUACGAACCGUCAUCCGUUUCAAGAUCACAUUCUAUCCCGUAUCAAUGUGGUGCACGGUGUCUUCUUCAGUCCAACGUAGGAUUCAGUCGUCGCAGUCUCCAAAGCGUUUUUAUAAAUUGAUAUAUUAGCUCCAUCGAGAAUCCUAUCAAUAAACAUGUACAAAAAUUGUUACACCGAAGUUGCGAUCGUCUGAUUAUUUCAUCUGACGAGAAAGUCACGAUAACGUGAGAAGAGUGCAGCUUCUCGGCGCGUUUUCACGAUCACGAUCACUUUAAGGACUCAAGGAGGGCCCAACGAGUGGCGCACGUGUAUAUAUUAUACAUAUAUAUAAAGAAGAAAUUAAACACAUAUGCAGAACGCGAUGCACGGAUUUGAAGAGUAGAAGAAGAAGAAAGAAAAGUCACACGUCACCUCUAUCUCUCCCACUCUUUCACGCGAUUGCCAAAUUACACGUGUAAGAGGAUCGCGACACGUAGCCGAUGUGUACAUAUGUAGUGGCAUUUGGAUAGCAUUUGUACAGAACACGACUAAUUGUCUACACUAAGCCCGCGCGGAGAUUACUGUAAAGUAAACGAUAAGGACAAUUAACGAUUAAUCGCGAUCAUUCGCGGUCUCCCCAAGAGGGAGAGAGAGACAUGAGACGCGCAAUGCGACAGAAGCGCGCGUAAGAUACGAAGAGAGUGUAUUUUGACGAACGAGCUUCGCGUGCCCCGCGUGCACACGCGCGAUUUAAUAUUGUUACACACGCGGUUCCAUGGCCGAACGGGGCCCUCUCAUCUCAGAAAGAUAUCGUCGAUCCGGAUCCUCCCUCCGCGUGGAGUCCCGAGAGGCUCCUCCGCGAAACGAGACGGGACACGCCGAUCCGCCGUGGAACGCGCGCGCAAUUAUUAUCGGGAUAAGGCGGAAAUAAACGCUAUAGGUCGUAAAUAUCUAAUGUACGUACUUACUACUAACGCCACAGCCGGUAGGACGAGCCGCGGAUCAUGAUACUCCGACUGUGCAACGGUGUGAGGGAGCGUUUCUACGAGACUUUUCCAUUAAUUUUAUAUCGAAGCCACGCGAAAAAUCCUCGCGAGAUUCAUCAUUCUUCUCCUUCUCUCUGUUCUUUUUUACACACGCACACAGACCACGUCGUUUUACGAUCGCGUACGAAGCAUGUGACGCGACACGUGGGCCUAAGUCGUUCCCGUAUUAUACUCUCCUCCUGAGAAUAUCCUCGCGCACCCAAGGCGCUUUAACACAUGGCUACUCGUGAUUACUUUUCGCGCGGCUUACAUAUCUCGCGUGUCAAUGUCCCUCAUUUUGCAAAUACGCGCACAUAUUCUCGGUCUUGUUUUAAAAAUUACAAGCGUAGGCCGUCGUCUCUUUCCGACGUCGAAAGCACGUUGUUAACAGCGGAACGCCCACAGUUUUAACACUGUAACUAUCAAAGCAGUCAAAAUGAUCGAUUUAUAAUUUCUUGAAAGAAUUACUCAAAUUUCUAAAACGUCGCAGUUUAUAUUUUCAAUCGACUUUGAGUGAAAUUUCAAAGUAAAUGCUGUAUAUUUAAAAUAUAAAAUUAAAUAACAGAAUAUAUAUAUAUAUAUAUAUAUAUAUAUAUAUAUAUAUAUAUAUAUA